AUGGCUCUUGCAGGAAACAUACCAGAAGAACUUAACAACUUUAUUGAAGUUCAAGUCUUGUUGGAUUUGAGCAACAACAAUAUUUCUGGUCCAAUCCCACAAGAUCUUGUCAAACUGAUAAACUUGGAAACCCUCAAUCUUUCACAUAACCAUCUCUCGGGGAAGGUCCCAUCGUCAUUCUCAAAUAUGAAAUCCAAGCAUAGAAGCAAGCAAAUGGAGAAGACACAAGACAAUAGACAUGAGCUUAGCAAAGCACCAGAAACACAGCGCAAUCAGAACAAAGCAUCUGAAGAUAAAGACUCAUGUUAUGAACAUCACAGACACACUCCGUGA